AUGUCUUCUUCUUCGUCCAAUACGUUGGCGUUGCGGGAAGCGGGGUUUAUUGGAGACGUCAUGCGCACAUCACUUGAUUAUUUGCAAGAAAAUGAAGGCGAAAGUUCACACCCAAAAACAAGAAAUCCUCAUUUACGAAGAAAUCAUGAAGUCGAACACAAUCAACUUGUCAACGUUUACAUUGUUGAUGAUGCAGUGUAUGCAGAAAAAUCCAGGCGUCGGUUCCGGAUGAGUAAGGUAUUACUUUUACGCAUUGUCGACGACAUCAACAAUCGCUUUCCAUAUUUUCAGCAGCAGGUUAAUGGAAGAGGUCAAACUGGUUUCUCCAGAAUUCAAAAUUCUACAGCUGCAAUUCAUCAACUAGCAUCCAACAUGAGACCGGACUCAUGGGAUGAGUAUUUGAGGAUGUCAGAGCAAACAACAUGGGAUUGUGUUUAG